UCUCUCGGCGCUCGUCUCCGUCACCGCGUCGUCGUCGUCGUCGUCGUCGUCGUCGUCGUCGUCGUCGUCGAUCCUUCGCUGAAUUUAAUAUACAUCGGUCGAGAUCGAUGGAGGAACAGUUCAUACUUCGGGUUCCGCCCUCCGUGGCCGAACGAAUUGAGCGCCUUCUCAACGAGAAUGCUUCGUCCUCUGAAGAUGGCUCGCUCGAUUUAUCCUUCUCAGAGGAUGGAAGAAACGGCACAUUCAUGAUCGGAAACGAAAGUUUUCCUGCCUCUCUCUUGGAUCUGCCUACCAUUGUGGAGUCCUAUAAAACAUACGAUGAUACAGUCCUAAUCAAAACGGCCGACGUUGGCCAGGUAAUUAUGGUAAGAGAAGAUGGUGAUCCUGCUCCCGAAGGAGUCGAAUACAAGCACGGCCUCACCCCUCCGAUGAGGGACGCUCGUCGGCGGCGGUUCCGCCGAGAACCCGACCUGAAUCCAGAGCUCGUGCAGAGGGUUGAGAGAGAUCUUAUCAACAUAAUGUCCGGUGGAACAGUAGAGAAUGUCGGAACGGUGCCUGAGGAAGGUGCCAACCGGAGGAAAGCUGCUCCAACACCUGCGUCAAAGCCUGAUGCUCCAGCUGAAGCUGCUGGGGAACCCGAAAGAAGCGACUCUGAUGAAUCAAUGGAACCUGAAAACUAGAGAGUCACUAGUCACUACUCCAGUCUCAAGUUAUAGUGAGAUGCUACCUACGAGAAUUAUAUAUGAUCAGCUUCCAAGUGUAUGAGUGGAACCUGAUUGAAGCUUGUCACUCAAUCGAGUCUUCAGUUGACUUAAAUGGUUCAGAAAACACUUUGAAGGCUUAUUCUAUUGCAAAACACUGUAUUUGUGUAAAUCUACAUGCCCAGUGGUUGAUAAAUGCUUCUUUAGAUGUAGUAUUUUUAUGUUUUUAAGACCCAUGUAAAAACUCGCUGCUGUAAUGACUCCGGUCGCUAUCGUCUUUGUGAUACCUUGUCUAACUGUUUUUGAAGAGAUAACUACAGCGGAGUUCUUCUAAUAACCUGAAAUUGUGGAAUUGUGUUUA